CUCAAUCCGACAUUAACACUUCCAACACCUCUAAUCCUUGGUAUAUCCCCAUCAACCUCACAUACAUUGAGUUUCAUAUUCGCUUCAUCUUACGUGGGAUGUAUCUAUUUAGCUACUCAUAUAACAUUUCCAUCCUUUCCUUCACUUUCAUCACAAUCGGAAAAUAAUCCUACUUCUUCUAUCCCACCUAUGACAGCAACGGAUAAAGAUGGAUAUCCUCUUGUUCCCCCUAUCAAAUCUCGUGAUCAUCCGGAUACUAUCAAAAGACGUAUGAAAGCGAUUAGUAUAACCACUUUAAUAUCUUUAGGGUCGAUUUGGAUUAUCGUAAAAGAUACAAGUCAUGGGAAAUAUACUUGGACUUCUUCAUUACUUCCAACAUUACGACUUUUAGGUCUUGAUCCAAGUUUGAUCUUGAACAGGGGAGGUUCUAUUUGGUCCAAUGUGAUACCAUACGUAUUGACACCGAUCUUAUUCGUGGGACCUAUAUAUGCAAAAUGGUUGGAUUCAAAAGAUCAACCUCAACCCAGACGAUCUUUCUCACAACUGGUCCAAGAGACGUGUGAGGAUUUCGAUCUUAUAGCUUUACGAAAUUAUGUUGUGGGCCCAAUGACUGAAGAACUAGUUUUUCGUUCUUGUAUCUUAUCCGUCUCUAUCCUAGGUGGUCUGUCCUCAUCAACAUUGGUCUUCGGUACUCCUCUUUGGUUCUCAUUGGCUCAUGCUCAUCAUGCAUGGGAGAGUUAUAGACGGAACGGAAGUACGAGAAGAGCGGCUAUACAAGCUACAAUGGGUUGUUUGUUCCAAAUUGGUUACACGACAUUAUUUGGCUGGUUCGCUAGUUAUUCUUUUAUCCGCACCGGAUCCAUCUUGCCCCCUUUGGCUUCACAUAUAUUCUGCAACAUCAUGAGCAUCUACCUACCUACCACUGCCGUUGAACGACAUCCUAAACGAAAACUUUCCAUUUGGACCUCAUAUCUUAUCGGCAUUGCUGGAUUCGCUUGGACUAUUCGCUAUCUCUGA